CGCUUGUCUCUCUCCCACACACUCAGCAGCACGCUAGUUAACGGCUAGCUAACGUUAGCAACGCUGCUAAACGCCACAUAAAUGUAGCUGUGGACAUUUUCUUUUUUAUUCUAUUUUUUUUUUCCUUCCUUCUUGACACACUUGUCAUUUUGGUAGCAGAUAAAUAACACCAGCUGCGGCGUGUGUUCGCCAGGUAGCGGGAAUAACGGGAGUUUAUAUUAAAACGCCACUUUUAAGUUCUCAAAUGUUUGUGUUUGGGUUAGCUAGCCAACGUCGCCGUUGCUAGCUGCCGUUGCUAGUUAGCGUUAGCUCGGAUCGCGAUUCUGAAGUUUAAUGCAAGCUGAACCACUCGAGAAGGAAGACGCUAAUUGUGAUAGGUUUGUCAUCUACACAGAGUUAAACAACUUACGUAUCUGCACGGAGCAUAUACGCGUUGUACACCAUUCAGUGAACACAGUUAUUCUCGAUAGCCGAGGAAACGGGUGAGCUAGCGCCAGAAGCUAGUUAGCUACUUAACGGUAACUUGGUUGCUAACGAGGAGCUCCCGAACCAAUUGAUAGGUUCAUUAUGAAGUGAUCGAUAAAGUUAGCCGCUCGUACUGUCAACUAACGUGGACAUGCAGUGUUGGUGUUUUAACUGUUUUAUGUGUGCUUUGGGAGAGAGAGUCGCGUUGUUCUCGCAAUUUAAAGUAAAGUUGGACCCCCCCAAAAAAAGUUGUGAACCCUGAUCAAUAACUCUUUUAACAGGUUAAAUAUAGUGUAGGAGAAAAAGUGAUUGUGUGUUAUUAACCAGUCCUGAAGCAUGAAUUACCUUUAUGAAAACACAAGGGGGAUUCACAUAACACAAACAUUUUUUACUCACUGCUAAUCCUGCAGAAAUCUUUUCAACAAGCCACAGGCAGUGACACCAAGUGUGUGUGUGUGUGUGUGUGUGUGGCGUUAUUUAAAAUCUACAUACUUUUUCUUUUGUUUACAGUGUAAAGUAAGUUGUCAACCUGAGUGGGACAACAGACAUUUGUUCUCCAGGUGAAACUAAGUGGACAUCGUUAAAGGGGCUCCAUAGCACUUGGAUCUGUUCUUCCCUGUCCCAGGUUCAGACUGCUUGGUCUAUGGCUCUGAUGGACAAACACAAACAGGUCAAGCGGCAGAGACUUGACCGCAUUUGUGAGGGUAUCCGACCCCCUAUCCUGAAUGGGCCAAUGCACCCGCGGCCCCUAGUGGCCCUGCUGGACGGGCGUGACUGCACUGUGGAAAUGCCCAUCCUCAAAGAUGUGGCGACAGUGGCCUUCUGCGAUGCCCAGUCCACACAAGAGAUUCAUGAGAAGGUGCUAAACGAGGCAGUGGCUGCUCUACUCUACCACACCAUCACUCUGUCCAGAGAUGACUUGGAAAAGUUUAAAGGCCUUCGCGUAAUUGUUAGGAUUGGCUCCGGCUUUGACAACGUUGACAUCAAAGCAGCUGCUGAGCUAGGCAUUGCCGUCUGUAACGUGCCAGCAUCCUCUGUGGAGGAGACAGCCGACACUUCGCUAUGUCUGAUCCUCAACCUGUACAGGCGAGUCACCUGGAUGCACCAGGCCCUCAGGGAGGGAACUCGUGCCUCUAGUGUGGAGCAGAUUAGGGAAGUAGCUGGCGGUGCUGCUCGUAUCCGGGGCGAGACAUUGGGCAUUAUCGGUCUAGGGCGUGUUGGCCAAGCGGUGGCUCUGCGGGCUAAGGCCUUUGGUUUUGGUGUGAUCUUCUAUGACCCCUACCUGCCUGAUGGUGUGGAGCGCUCACUGGGCCUGCAGCGCAUGGCUACCCUGCAGGACCUGCUCAUCCACUCUGACUGUGUAUCCCUGCACUGCAGCCUCAACGAGCACAACCACCACCUCAUUAAUGACUUCACCAUCAAACAGAUGCGUCAGGGAGCCUUCCUGGUGAACACAUCAAGAGGCGGCCUGGUUGAUGAGAAAGCAUUGGCUCAGGCCCUGAAAGAGGGCCGGAUACGAGGAGCUGCCCUGGACGUCCACGAGACAGAACCUUUCAGUUUUUCAACAGGCCCUCUGAAGGAUGCCCCCAACCUGAUCUGUACCCCGCACACAUCCUGGUACAGUGAGCAGGCAUCUGUGGAGGCUCGCGAAGAAGCAGCCAGGGAGGUUCGCCGCGCCAUCACCGGACGUAUCCCUGACAGUCUGAAGAACUGCGUUAACAAGGAGUAUCUGAUGGCAGCCUCCCAAUGGCCCAGCAUGGAGGCAGCCACUGUUCACCCAGAACUUAAUGGAGCCACUUACAGAUUUCCUCCAGGUCUGAUCAAUGUUGCAACUGGGGGUCUCCCUGGAGCUGGCACAGGGGUUGAAAGCCUGGUUUCAGGAACCCUGGCGCACGGCAUCGCUCCCGUCUCCCACCCCCCUCACGCCCCCUCCCCGGGGCAACCUAAGGCCGAAGCCGACAGAGACAUCCCCUCCGACCAAUAGCCCCCCCUGCCGUUGCCAGCACAUUCCAUCACCUCUGGAAAGCAACCCCCACCUCCCGGCAUCAGACACAGCCCGACCCUCCAGUACAUUGGCAGCGCCAGUUUGACCUGAUGUGGAUCUACACAGUCUUGUUCCACAGAUCACAUAACCAGCCCAGGAGUGACUUAUCCACAGCUAGCCCCAUCCCAUCCACACCCCACGAACACAAAUCCCUCCAUCUUCGUCCUCAUCUCACCUACUCACCCGCCAUCCCCCUCCCCUCCCACCCUUCACUCCCCCACAACGUCAGCAAUAACUGUUCUCAAGGAUUCAAUGAUUGGAUUGGUUUAUAUCCUUAGUUGGCUGUUGUUUUAAUGGAACAUUGAUCUGUUGUGGUUCUAGGUGUUAAUGUUUGUUUGUAAAAAAAAAAAAAAAAAAAUGGAAAAAAAAUAGCAUUUCUGACAUGAGGCUUUACAGUCUGCUGCCUCUUGCAGUCCUCCUGACCUGACUCUGACCAGUAGAGGCACAGAGGCAGAAAGGUUGAAGCCCCCCUUUGUACAUUAAUGGCUUAUGUUACUGCUCUCUUCUUCAUUUCUUUUCUUUCUGCCCCCUUCACCAUUUCUUGUGAUGGGGGAAAAUGUGUACUAAAGUAAACCAGACAGAAUCACAAACCGUACAUCCUGUCCCUCCACACCAGGCAUCUAGCUACCCCAUAGCCCAGUUAGGCCCUUGCUUCUCCCUGGCACUGCUGUCAGUUUGCUCAGCAGAGGGAUCCAUAAUGCUGUCAGCGUGUAGCUCUCUCAGACUGUCAAAGUAUGUUUUAUCCACUCAGCUCAUACAUAGUUUUUUAGGACAUUCAUCCCUGUAUUUACACAUGCUUUGUCCCUCAUGGAUUUGUCAUGAGAUAAUAGCUUUGAGCGUCAUAUCAGAGAGCAACCCAGGUAUGAAUUUCUCUACUCACGCCAGCCGCUGGAGUGCUGUGUGUGAGGUCUUUUACACACCGUGCCCACACAGAAAACCACACAGAAAACAAACACAGCAAACUUUUUCUUGCUGGGAAAAAUAGCACGCCAGCAGCCUCGCCAGCAGAGGGCACUGUCCGACUGCUCCGAGCCGAGAGAGAGAGAGAGGGAGAGAGUUGCAUACAGCUCACUUCAGUCAAACAGACGGACAGUUACAGGUUAGCUGUAGUGAUGAAGAACAUGACCACACACUGCCGACAUUCAGAACACAGGAUUGGUGACCAGGGAUCGACUACCGCCUUAUUGUUUAAGAUAAGAUCUCACUGCACCACCACCACCACCACCACCCUGCACCCACCCACCCUCCCUCCACUCCUCUCCCACUAUCAUGGCCCACCCUACACAUCUGCUCAUGAACCAGUAUGCAUCCACCAAUUCCUUUAAGCGUGAAGGGACAGUAGAGAUUAGUUUCCCUGUAGAAGCAAGGGGACAGUGUUCUUGCAUGCUGGCUUUGUUAAUGACAGUGGUGUGCUGCGUGCGUGUGUGCAUGCAUGCGUGUGUGUUGGUUUGUGUGUGUGUGUGUGUGUGGGGGGGUGUGUGUGUGUGUGUUUGUAAGAUCGCUCACCCUGUUAUGAUAACAAGCUAUUGUCUUUCCAAAGGAAUAGUCCCUAGGAGUAACUCUUUAACGCUGUUGCCCUGGUGUCAAGGGAACACCUUUCUAGUACCUCAGUAACAGAUAUUGAAUGUACUGUGCAUACCCUUUUAUUUUUUGUACAGAUUUUCUAGAUACUUCUUUACUAUUCUUUACCAGAAGGGUUGUGAAAUUGUAGCAGUAAUGAUACAAUAAAAAAAACCAUUGCCCCAUGAAAUAAAUUGACAAAAUCUUUUUAGGUUCGCUAUCGGUCACUGAAUACUCAGGCUUCAAAACCAAUGCGUAUCUCUUUGCCUUUUACCUUUUUAUUUCCUCAUUGUGGAAAAUUCAGCACAACGCUUUUCCAUUCUUAGACUUCAGACUGUAGUUGAUGUGUUUCGACCUCCAUCUUACUGGCUAAUGAAAAAUAAGGAAAAACUAAAGUCGGUCGCCGUGGUCUGCUAGUUUUCUUUUACUAGAACAGUAGUAGUAGAUGCUGUUUUUUUUGUUUUGUUUUUUACCGCCCCUUCAUUGUCAGGCUGCUCUAUCUAUAGUGCAUGUGAGGUAAUGUUUUAGGGGAAAUACUAUUGGCUUAAAGAAUUUGUGUCAUCUUGCUGUUUCCCUCUGCUCCCCCAGCCUCCCUCCCCCCUCCCCCCCGCUCCUCAGAGUGUUUUCAACCCGAGUUGCCAUUUUUGUCGUGGUCAGUUUUCCAGUGAUGUACAGUUUUCCCCUCAGAGUCUAUGAGAGACACGGAGCAUGUCUGUGUCCUGAGAUGCUAGGCUCCUCUGUCAUGUGAUGAGUAUAUAUUUUUAAAAAUAACCCCCAUAGUUCGGAUUAUGAGCAUAAUAGUAAUCUUAAAUUUUUGCUGUUGAUGAUGAUUAUAUAUAUUUUUUUCAGUUCAGCAGUGCACUGUUAUGAAAACCAUUCUGUUUUAUUGUAGGAUUUCAUUUUUAUGGAUAUGCUGUCUGUGUUCUACAUGUUGUACUGAAACAUUUCAGAGAAAACAAGAGAUCCCUCUCCUGGUGAUUUUUUAUUUUUAUUUUUUAUUAUUAUUUUGUCGUCCCCCUCCCCCCGCCCGCCGUCUUAUCCCAACUGUCCUUUCCAGCUAUUAUCCUCUGGGCCUUACUUAUUCUCUCCCUGUAAAAGUAGCUGUUAUAGAAAGUCGCCAUGGAACCACUCACUGCCUUAAUACAGUUGACCACAGCAGGUGAAGUCAGACACACCCAGUUGAAAAGAACCGGCCACAAUCAAGGCCGCUUCUCACACCUAAAGUCUGCAGCACCUUGCGUUUCUUUUUUCAGCGAUGAACCACAUUUAGCCUCGUUUAGACAGUUUGUUUUUAACAUGAACACGUAAAAUCCAGUGUGAAUUCUUACUCUGCAUUAGUAAGUAAGGUUGUCUUUUUGUUUUUCUUAAUUUUUAUUUUUAUUAUUUUUUUUAAAGUUCAAGUCAGCCCGGCAGUGUGUAUGUGCCUAGGCUAACAGAUAAGCACAGUGUGUAUGCUCACAAAGCCACAGCUGAUAUUUCACUCUUGGGUGUGAGAAUGCCCUCACCCACCCUUUCACCACCAACACCACACUGGGGCUCUAACAGCGUCUUUCAUGGUGCUGCCGGAGCCCCAGUGGGGCUGGGAGGGGGAGGGCAUAGCGGACACUGGUGUGGUCUGUCAAAAAAAAAAAAAAAAAAAAGCAGAAUAUUAAGAAUCGGUCACUUUUUCUCUCUCAGGGUUCAAAUGCACACAUAUCCUCCAGCAGUCGCCCUCUGUCUCGUGUCCCUCGUCCCAAGUUUUUCCGCCCUCAGAAUAUAGAACAGCCUCCUGCGUUUUUAGAAACAACUUUCCCCUCGUCUCCCCCUUUCCUCCCCUUUUGUGCACAGGUCUGAACUUUUUUUUGUUUUGCUUUGUUUUGGCACUGACAUCUAACCAUCUAACAAGGAAUGAAUGAAUGUUUGAAAGUGACUGUGUGUAAUGUUAAAAUUGGGAAAUGUAUUUUUACAACAUGUGAACGUGUUUUUUUUUUUUUUUUUUUUUUUUUUUUCACUCACUCUCAUUGUGAAUUGAUUUUUUGUUUUUUGUUUUUUUCUUUCACCAGACUGCAAAAACAAACAAAAAAAACAAACAAAAAAAAUCUCCUGUAACUAGGCUCUUAAGCUUUAUUUUUGUUUUGUUUACUUUUUUAUUAGAAACAAUCAUGUUUGUGAUGGUAACUUCCGAUGGUAAACUCCACACCGUAUUUUAAUAAAAUCUUAAAAAUUAA